AUGCCGACCAAAGGAAUGAGGAGCCUACUCUUUCACCACAAGGCCCCGUCUUUCUCCGUACAUCCUUCACCCUCAAGAUCCUCCAUUUCCUUCCCCACUCCUCGCCGUUACCCUAGUGCCGGCCUUAGCUUCUCCGACGCAAUGAUCGAGGAGAUCAUUGGAAACGCCGCCGUUUUGGCGAUCAAAUGGGACCCGGAGGCCUCCGGAUACGCCAACGUAACCUCCAUGUUCUACGAGAGCAAGACCGAAGCUCACCUGUUCAUAAAGUCCGUGAACGACCUCCAGAAGGUCAUGCAUUUCUUGGUCGCCGAGGAUCCCACCUCCGAGAAGCUCGUCCACGGCCACAGCCUCAUGCAGAUCGCCAUGAAGCGGUUACAGAAGGAGUUCUACCAGAUUCUCUCCACGAACCGGGCUCAUCUUGACCCAGAAUCGGUCUCGACCCGGUCCAGGUCUUCCCGCGCCAAUUCUGUCAGCACUUCGGACGACGAAAUCGACGACGGAGCCGUGACAGACGAAGAUUUACGUUUCGCCGGAGAAUCCGUCUCCGAAGCUGAACAAGUCUCUUCCGUUGCCAUGGCCGACCUGAAAUCCAUAGCCGAGUGCAUGAUCUCCUCCGGCUACGCCAAGGAGUGCGUUCACAUUUACAAAAUGAUCAGAAAAUCCAUAAUUGACGAAGGAAUGUACAAGCUCGGAGUGGAGAGAUUCGCCUCUUCUCGGAUUCACAAGAUUGACAAGGAGGUGCUCGAUAUCAGAAUCAAGAACUGGCUGAAUGCGGUGAAGGUGGCCAUGACCUCGCUCUUCAACGGAGAGAAGAUUCUAUGCGAUACCGUUUUCGCCGUCUCGAACUCAAUCAGAGAGUCAUGCUUCACACACAUCGCCAGAGAAGCCGCAACUCUUCUCUUCGGAUUUCCUCAAGCCCUCGUUGCAAAGAGCAAGAAUUUCUCCUCGGAGGAGAAUAUAUUCCGGCUGCUGGACAUGUACACCGCUAUAUCGGAAAACUGGCCGGAAAUAGACUCCAUAUUCUCUUUCGACUCCACAGCUACCGUCCGAACUCAAGCUCUCAACUCCCUGAUCAAAAUCGGUGAGACUGUUCGGUCAAUGCUGUCUGAUUUCGAAGCGUCAAUUCAAAAAGAAUCGUCAAAAACACCCGUCGCAGGCGGUGGAGUGCAUCCUUUGACUCAGCGCGUGAUGAAUUACCUAUCUAUUCUCACCGAUUACAGCAACGUGUUGGCUGACAUUUUCGUUGACUGCCCUCCGCCGGCGAAGGGGCUGCUGCCGGAGUUCGACAGUCCUAAUUCUGAAGAGUCAUCAGCGCCGCCGAUCUGCCACAUUAUGGCUUGGAUUGUCCUCAUUCUAAUAUGCAAGCUUGACGGCAAAGCCAAGAAUUACAAAGACGUUUCGGUCUCUUAUCUGUUCCUAACCAAUAAUCUCCAAUACGUAAUCUCGAAAGUCCGGUCUUCAAAUCUGCAGUACCUUCUCGGCGAGCAGUGGAUAACUAAGUAUGAGGGGAAGGUGAGACAGUUCGCCGUGAGCUACGAGCAGUUGGCCUGGGGGAAGGUGUUCUCCACGUUACCGGAAAAUCUAACAGCGGAGGUUUCCCCUGACGAAGCGAGGUUGGUUUUCCGGAACUUCAACUUCAGCUUGGAGGAAGCUUUCCGGAAACAGAAGACCAGUGUUGUACCGGACGAGAAACUCCGGGAAGAAAUCAAAGCGUUGCUGAUAAAGACGCUGGUUUCGGUUUACAAGGAGUUUCAUGAUACGCAUAGGGUUUCUGUCGGGAGUGCGAGAAAUCUGGCCUUGAAUGUCAGAUUAACCCCUGAAGAUGUUGAAGCUUACUUAUCGGACUUAUUUUCCGGGACGACGGAACCUGUUACUUCUUCGUCUCGUCGGCGCUCUCACUGA